CCAGGCGCUGACGUCAUGCCCGUUGUUUUGGUCCGCCCGACCAAUCAGACGCUCCGGCUUGAUUCUACGGGAGCCGAGAUGGGCCGUUCCUCCGGAGCUGAGGAGGACUUCCCCAUCCCUGGCAGAGCGCAGUGCGCCGGGUCGUCAGCCUGGCGGUCCUCCUGCAGCUUUAACAGCCCUGACAUGGAAACAUCGCUGCAGUUCCAGCACGGCUUCUUCCCCGAGCAGCAGCCGCCUCCUCCUCCUCCUCAGCAGUACAGCCCGGACGAGCAGCUCUUCUUCCAGCAGCAGCAGCAGCAGGACGGUCCGUGUCUCCGGUGCAACAGCUGCUCGUUCCACCACGGCGGGGACAACCUCCCCCUUCUCCGUACCUCAUCCCCCGUCCCCGCCGGCGCCUUCCGCACUUCCCCGCUGUCCUCUGCCUCCUCCCGGCAGGGCAGCCAGCUGAACGUGAGCGAGUUGACGCCUUCCAGCCAUGCCAGUUCGUCCAGAGCCCCGCACCACCACCCGCCCGCACCACCUCCUCUACCCCACUACCAGCAGUGCCACAGCCGCCAGCAGGCGAGCCCCAGUAUCAGCGGCAGCAACGACCAGCGCCGGGAGAGUAACCCGUUCACGGAAAUAGCCAUGAGCAGCUGCAGGUACAACGGAGGCGUCAUGAGACCCCUGAGCAACCUCAGCGCGUCCCGCAGGAACCUUCAUGAACUCGACUCCGAGUCCCAACCUUUACAACCCGUCUCCUCCGCUUCUGCCACCGCCUCCGCGCCCGAGAUAGUCGUCUCCAAACCCGAGCACAACUCCAACAACCUCGUGCCCUACAGCGGAGCGUCACCCUCCACCUCCGCGGGGGGGAACAAGUCCGGCAAGAAGAAGAACCAGAACAUCGGCUACAAGCUCGGCCACCGCAGGGCGCUCUUCGAGAAGCGCAAGAGGCUCAGCGACUACGCGCUCAUCUUCGGCAUGUUCGGCAUCGUAGUCAUGGUCAUUGAGACCGAACUGUCCUGGGGAGCCUAUGACAAGGGAUCGCUCUACUCAUUAGCCCUAAAAUGCCUUAUAAGCCUGUCCACGAUCAUCCUGCUGGGUCUCAUUAUUGUAUACCACGCCAGGGAAAUCCAGUUAUUCAUGGUGGAUAAUGGAGCCGAUGACUGGAGAAUAGCCAUGACCUAUGAGCGCAUUUUCUUCAUCUGCGUGGAAAUACUGGUGUGUGCAAUUCAUCCCAUACCAGGAAAUUACACUUUUACAUGGACAGCACGACUUGCCUUCUCUUAUACCCCAUCCACAGCUACAGCAGAUGUGGAUAUUAUUUUAUCUAUACCAAUGUUCUUAAGACUAUAUCUCAUUGCCAGAGUUAUGCUUUUACACAGUAAACUUUUUACUGAUGCCUCUUCACGAAGCAUUGGAGCACUAAACAAAAUAAACUUUAACACACGUUUUGUAAUGAAGACUUUAAUGACAAUAUGCCCCGGAACAGUACUGUUGGUUUUUAGUAUUUCAUUAUGGAUAAUUGCUGCAUGGACUGUCCGAGCCUGUGAAAGAUACCAUGAUCAACAGGAUGUAACUAGCAACUUUCUUGGAGCAAUGUGGUUAAUUUCAAUUACUUUUCUAUCAAUCGGAUAUGGGGACAUGGUACCGAACACAUACUGUGGAAAAGGAGUUUGUUUACUUACUGGAAUUAUGGGUGCUGGCUGCACUGCCCUCGUUGUAGCUGUGGUCGCAAGAAAGCUAGAACUUACCAAAGCAGAGAAACAUGUUCAUAACUUCAUGAUGGAUACACAGCUCACUAAAAGAGUGAAAAAUGCAGCAGCUAAUGUUCUCAGGGAAACAUGGUUAAUUUAUAAAAAUACAAAACUGGUGAAGAAGAUAGACCAUGCGAAAGUGAGAAAACAUCAGCGCAAAUUCUUGCAGGCUAUCCAUCAAGCUCGGAAGUUACGAAGUGUUAAAAUGGAACAGAGGAAGUUGAAUGAUCAAGCUAACACCUUAGUGGAUUUAGCAAAGACUCAAAACAUCAUGUAUGACUUGAUCUCGGAUCUAAAUGAAAGAAGUGAAGACUUUGAGAAGAGGAUUGUUGUCUUAGAGACGAAGCUAGAGACAUUAAUUGGUAGCAUUCAAGCUCUCCCUGGACUGAUUAGUCAGACAAUAAGCCAACAACAAAGGGACUUGAUGGAAGCUCAGCUGCAAAAUUAUGACAAGCAUGUUGCAUAUAGCAUCGAGCGAUCACGGUCUGUGUCAAGAAGGCGGCGGUCUUCAUCCACAGCACCUCCAACUUCAUCGGAAAGUAGCUAGAAGGGAAUAAGUUAACCAAAAAACAAUAAAAAAAGACUUUUUUGCCAUCAUAUGGUCAAUAUUUUAGCUUUUAUUGUAAAGCCCUAUGGUUCUAAUCAGUGUUAUCUGGGUUCUGAUAUCAGAAUCUUAGAAACCUGAACACAAAGUUUUAGGCCAAAUAGACUGAGAACUCUCUUUUGUUUCUCUCAGAUGCACAGUGAAUGCACCUAUCAUUGCUAUAUAGAUUGUUUCUCCUGUUUCACUUUUUACUCAUGCACUUCAAAGAAUCUUUACUACUAAUAUAUAGUAUAAUAAAAUAUUAAUUUCUGAACAUAAUUGUAUGGUCACUUCUGUUCAUACAAUGGGUUCUGCUUACAUUAGGCAAGUUUAUUGAAAAUAACUGAGUGAUAUGUACCAAUGUGAUUUUUAUAAAAUUAUUUAGUUGUUAAUUUAAAAAAAAAAGGGUUAUAUUCACAAAUCCUUUGACUUUGCAUCUAGAGAUGCCUGAGCAAGUGUGUUUAGCACUCCCAGUUUCAGUGUGUGAAAUUGCCCCUUGUAGAGAUAACUGACAUACCUGUCAAUGCAAACAUUGGUCACUAUUAGCUACACAUAGAAAGUUAUACAGCUCUGAGCAAAGUGUCAAUGAGUAUUGACACUUAAGCUGGCCAGACACUAGUAGAUUUUCAAAGAAAUAAGCAUUAAAUGUGAAUAUUCAUACAAACAUUCACUCAAAAAUUCUCAUUAGUAUAUAUGAUGAUACAAACGAAUGUCAUUUGAAAGUACUUAAACUUUUGCUUUUUAUAAUUCUCUUUUGGAGUGAAUGGACUUUCCCGAACAAAAACCAGAUUCACAGUUUAAAAUGUGUUUGAGAAAAUUUUCUAUCCUGCUCCUUCGAACUUUCUUGUUACUGUGGUCGAAAACGAACGUCGAUUUGACCCCACUAGCAAUAGGAAAUUUGAACAAACUUUCUCAAAAUGAAAAAUUUCAAGGAAAUUCUACUUUAUGGCCAGCUUGGGCAAUUUUUAUACACCCUGAGCCAAAGGUAUUAAAUGUAAAAUGGCCUCAUAGCCCCCAGAUGUAGUUGUCCCAGGUCUUGUGAGUAUGCACCCUUAUUAAAACAGCCACCAGGUCUUGGUUAUUUUUUUAAUUAUACAUAUAGAACAGAUAUAAUAUAUGCAUAAAUAUAUAAUAUUAACAUGAGACUUUGCCUUAAGAAUUAUAGCAUAGAUACCAGUUGUAGAUUUAUCCAGGCUCGAAUAAAAGCUUAUGUUUUUCAACUUU